AUGGUCUUUGACGACAAGAAAGGCUUAGAGAUUGCUUUGGAAGAAGCUAGAAAAGGCUUAGCUGAGGGUGGGGUCCCAAUCGGUGGGGCUUUGAUCGCCGAGGACGGUACCGUGUUGGGCCGUGGCCACAACAUGCGCUUCCAAAGCAACUCCGCCAUCUUGCACGGUGAAAUGGCUGCCUUGGAAGCCGCUGGUAGACUCAAGGGUUCCGUUUACAAGAACUGUACCAUGUACACCACUUUGUCCCCAUGCAGCAUGUGCACCGGUGCCUGUCUCUUGUACGGUGUCAAGAGAGUCGUUUUGGGCGAAAAUUCCACCUUCAUGGGCGCUGAGGACUUGCUCAGGGCCAGAGGUGUUGAGGUUAUCAAUAUGGAAAACCAAGAAUGCAAGAACUUGAUGGCCCGCUUCAUCAAGGAAAGACCCCAUGACUGGUUCGAAGACAUUGGCGAAUAA